AAUAUUUUCCCAGCAUGUAAAAUUUGUAUACAUAGAUGUACAACAACCUUUUCUGGUGAACCAUGGAUACGUGUCGCUCGUACAAUCAGCUGAUUGCUCUUGAACUGCCAACGACGAGCUAAACAAGAAGUAACGAUUUUUUACAAGUAUUAUAAUAAUUAUUGACUAUCGAUCCCCCAUUAGUGCGGUAUUUGUAAUCUCCCAUUGCGCUUCAUCAAUAAUAGCCACAUUUCCUAUGUGCGGCUAACAUCCUUCUAGAUAUACGGCAGGCAGACAGUGUAAAUCCAGACAGAAGGGAUCUUGAACAAAGUCAGAAUAAUGCAAUGGAGGGAGGAUGUAACGAUCCAUAUGAGCAGCAGCUUCUAGCUGUGUUUGAGAGCUGCCUGAGUGAAGGAGAAACGUCCUUAGAUGAGAAUGGGUUACGUUCACUCUGUGAUAAGUUGCAACUAGAAGAACGUGGUAAAGAAUUGAUAUCUUGUCUCCUGGAACGAACUCCAGUGAGAAAGUCUGUGUCUUUCCUUGAAUUCCGGGAUGGCUUGCUAGCCUUGUUGGGUAAAUCACAAGAAGGAGGUUCUAACUAUGCUGAAAAAGAGUUUGCUAACGACUCACUACAAACUCUUAAUGCACCCAAACUAACAGCUAAGAAAUAUGGACGAACAACAAAGUCGAAGGAACAAAAGUCUGAUAUGGUAGAUUAUCAACAUGCAAGCUUAGAUAUUAAUUUGGAUGAACAAAGACUGCGUGAUUUAUGGAGUAAGCUCAAUUCUAAUAUUGAUGGAAAUACCGAUCGUUCUGAAUUAUGUGUUAUAUCUCAAUGUAUUGGAAUUCCAACAUUAUCUAGACAGACAAUCCAGCAAAUCUUUGAAAGACUGGAUAUAGAUCGCGACGGUCAAAUAAGUUUUGACGAUUUUUCGCUAUUGUUUCGCAACGAGAAAGCCUUGCAGGAACAAGUAAGUCCUGGUUGGAGCGAUGGAUCCGAUAUUAAUAUGCUUAAACAAGAUUCACAGAAGGAAAGUGUACAAAUGAUUGGUCCUCUUCAGACUGGUUAUGUGCGGAGCAGCAUUGUCAUUGAUAUGUGGGAAGUUGCUGGUGUACAUGAAGCAACAACUCUCUUAUCGGACUUAGGAUUUACUAGUCCAGAUGUUAGUCUCACAGAAUUAACGAAUGUUCUCUGUGAAGAACUUAAAAAUCUUCGUGAUGAAUCCGACAAUAGAGUCAUGGGGACGCACGUUAGUUUGUUGAAGGCUGCCCUUGUGAUUUAUCAAGAGGAAGUUCGGAGUCUCAACACAUUGGUUGAACACCUCAGCUGUGAAAGAGACAAACUGCGCAUUGAUAUAACAGAAGCUAGCGAACGAGCAAAUUUGUUAGCCCAGGAAAUUGAUGAGCAUCAUGUACGACUAGAAACAUCAAGUCGAUAUCAGUUAAAACAAUUGGAAAUAAAACACGCCGAAGAGACUAAAGAAUUGACGAAGCAGUUGCGUUCUGAACGCGAAGCAAAUGUUGUGACCUUGAAAUUGAUGGAUGAACGAUUGCAGACCCUACAGCAGGAAGAUCAAAGAUUAAAAAACGAACUUAUAAAUGUCUUACAGGAAAACCAAACUCUAGAAGUGGAGAACCAAAACCUUUCUGAUCAAGUUUCCAGUCUGAAAGUCUCUAAUAAUCAACUGCAAUUACAAAUUCAAACGUUGGCAGCAGAGCACGAUGUGGUUGAGAACGUCGAAGCAAGAGAAAACGAACAAGUUAUUUCUUUAAUUGACCGCAUACAGCGACUCCAAUCAGAUGUAUCACUUUUGAGGGAUCAAAACGAUGAACUUGCAUCCGAAUUGGAAUUACUGAAGACUCGUGAUCAAAGUGUUAAAAAUACCAGAGAUGCGGUAACGUCAUCUUCGCCUAUCAAGACUUUGAUAGCAGAAGAUAAUGAAGGUCAAAGUCAUGAAGCUCUGAAUGCCAGAAUAACUGAGUUGGAAAGACUGUUAAAAAAAUACGAAAGCUGUUCAGUGAAAGAAGCGGAGUCAUCAAAAAGCCUUGCAAAUGAACUUGAAGCAGAAUGCGAGGAGCGUACAAGUGAAUCGUUACGAGAUUUAGUGAUAAAUAAAAAUGAUAAAUUGAGACUUGGCAAGAGGAUGUCUAACAGCGACGAUAUGAUUCACAAUCUUGACAGGAACUUCAAUAACUUGGACGUAAAAAGUGUUUCGAAGAACAAAAUGACUAGUCUUCGAGAUUACCCACCGCGUAAAGAGGAACCUGUUGCAGAUCAAUCGAAAGUUGAAAUAGAUAGAGCAAUUAUUUCAUUUAAUUUAACACAGACUUGUAAUGACAGAUCUGUUGCCAUUGGGCAGGAAUACGUUGAAAAUAUAGAUAGAAUGAAUCAGCAACUUCAACAGCAGGAAAUUAAACAUGCUAACGAGAGAAAACAAUUAUUAGAAAGAUGCGCCGAAUUAGAGAAAAGUUUGGAAUUGAUAAAAACCGAAUAUGAACAUUGCGAGGAUUAUUGGGGAAAUAAACUCGAAGAAGAGAGGCAGCUUUUCGAACAAGAACAGAAAGUCAGCGAUGAAAAGUUUUCGGAAUUAAUAGCAAAAAUGGCUGAAUACGAAGAACAGUUUGGCACGGGAGACAAAGGUCGGAACGAUGGCAGGUUAUCCCCAAUAGAAGAAAGAUUCAAUCUUGAACAGCAGUAUACCGAUCUUGAAGAGGAAUUUGAAAAGUGGAAAGGGCAAGCAGAAAAUGAGAUACGCCAAAGAGAUAAAGAAAUUCAAGAGCUACAUGAAAAAAUAAGAAAAGAAAAGCAGUCGAUGCAGUCAGACUUUUCUACACAAUUUCCAGAUGAGGAUUCAGACUUUAUGUCGAGAACCAACGACACACAAAAUUACAUCCCGUUAGUACCCUAUUCUAAGGAAUAUACUAAAGUUAUGCCUAACAUCGUCAGUCUUCCAUCACCCUCGCAAUUACUUCCAAAGCCAACGCAGAGCGUUGUAGAUGACAAUGGACUGAUCGAUUCAUUUAAAUUAAAUCAUACGUUGCACACAACUAUACCAAGUACUGGAUUAACUGUGUCGCGCACGACUACUAGACUUACGUCUUGCCUCUACGGGUGCACUUGUCAUCAGAUUGAGACGUACUCCUCUGCAGAAGAGCUUUGCAAAGCACACAGAGACGAAAUACGUCGGCUGCAUCAGAAAAAAAUGAACAUUGAUGCCGAAUGCAAUUCUUUGAUAAAGCAAAAAGAAAUGCUAAUGCAAGAAAUACUCCAUUUGCAAAAUAUAAGAAGCGUAACGUGUUAUUGUCCUCAAAUUAAUGCUGGAGAGCUGGCAUGCAGGAUUGACAUAAAUGUACUGCAGACUUUGAAUACACGAUUGCAGGCACAAGAACAAAAAUGUAAACACCUGCAAAACUCGUUGAAGCAACAACAAAAACACACUGAGCGAAUAUUGCAUCAAACUUGGAAACAAAAUGGAAAGGAGCUAAGGGAUUUACAAUUUGUGCUUCGCAGCACACAAGAAAAGUUGCACCAGCAGAUUCAAGCAUACAAGGAACAAAGUGAAAAAUUAGCUAGAGCUGAUCUACUCGCGAAGGAUUUAUACGUUGAGAAUGCGUGUCUGUUCGCCAAUGUGGAACGUCUCGAGCAACGGUGUCACAUGUUGACUCAAUUCAGUGCUGAAUCUACUUCGGUAUGACCUCCUGGAUUGUCAUGCAGAUGUACCAGCUAAUGAUAGUAUUCUUCAAGAGCAGCCAUCCUUAUUACCAGGUUACAGAAAUGCUAGUAAGAUGGUUAGUUACGUUAUGUAUAAACCGAACAAUUGGGUACUCAGGGAUGAAUAAGGUCAGAGACGUGGAGCAUUUCUCUUCUUAUAUUAGCCAUUAAGUGCACUUGCUUUCCUACUUUCAUUCCAAUUAAAUAAAGAGCGAUAGGUGCUGAUCAAAGCUACGUGCGUUCUGUUCUCUGAUCGCAGUGUCUUCUUAGGUUUUAAAGAAAGGUACGAUCGCUAUUGAGCUACGAUUAAUAAGUGUAUUAUAACAUUGGCAGUCGUACCACGUUAUUGUUAAACAUUGCCUCAAGGUAUUGGCAAACGGAUGUAUAGUAGAAAGGGUAUCCUUUCUUAUUAAUUUAGUCGUUAUUUACACGUACGUAAAUAAUUAACGGAUUUGUUCCACUCUCGUGUUGUCACUUAUACUGUUUCUGUAUUCAACACUGAAACGGCAACUAUUUCAAUGGCAAUAACGUUACAAUACAGCAUUUGCAGCACACAUAACACUGAAAGGAAUAUACGUUAAAUGAGAAGUUUGACAACUCGUUCUUUUUUUUUUCGACGGAUGACUUUAUUUUCUAGUAUAUGUUGUUGUGUACUAUACUCAGUGCAUCUCCUAUUGGGAAGUAUUUAUAUAAAAAAGAUUAUUGAUUCAUUAUCCUUGUACAAGGAAUUGUCGGUACGAAUAUUAUUAUUUAGAAAUUUUUCUGAUGCAACAUAAUCUAUUAAGUCAUUGUAUGAACCAAAGAUAUUUUCAUUUACAGAAAUCUAUUUUUUUUUGUUUAUCAAAUUUUUCUCAAAAAUCAAUGUUUGAACUUGUAUAUCAUAUAUGUUCCAUGCAUAAUAAUAUGUGAUUAGGGGCUUGCAUCCUCUAAAUACAUGACGUCAGUCAGAACUAUUUUUUAUAAUCAAGUAAUGGAUAUCGAUUGUUCCAAAUCAAUGUUUCUUGUAAUAUUUUGUCUACAUAAUCAGUAUAUCGUAUAACAACUGUAAUCGCGUUUGGGCAUUGCUGACAUUAUUAUGUGAAGUUAAACCAAAGGUAAAGAGAGUAACUUGCACAAGCACAUAUAUUGAAAUAAUUUGCUAUCAGUUAAACAAAACAAAUUUCAUUGUGAUAUGAAUGAAUAUUAUCGACUGCAUGAUAUAAGGAAUAAUAAGAGUUUGAUUUAUGGUUUGGAAAAAUAUAAUUUUUGUGCACCGUAAACCAGAUUUAUUUCCUUAUAAAUUUAUAUAGAAAUUUUUAUUUAUUUGAUAUUAAUAUUAUGAUGACUCUUCCAUCCUGAUCGAGUUCUGACACUUAAAAUAAAUUUGCAAUAUUAAGAAUAGGUGCAACGCAUCUUGUAUAAAUAGAAACGGUAGAAGAGCUGUUGGUGUUCUUGUAUUCGAGUGCUGCACGUAUACUAAAAUUAGCGGGAUUUUGUGAUACGUUUUAGAAUUUCGUAUACGCAUUGUUCAAUAACAGAUCAUAUUAAAUUGGUUCAUCAUCCUUCUUUGUGGGUAAAGCAUAUUCCCAUAUUCUAUGAUCUUUGGGCUUUUCUCGACAAGCACUGUCAGUGAAUCAUUCUUCUAAUAAUAAAUACUCCUUAUUGUAAUUUUCACGAAAACGUUAUAAUUUUAGUUAAUUUAUACUUCUCUCAAUAGAUACAUACAUAUAUAAAUCAGGUAUUGAACGCUUUUUCCUCAAUAAACGUAAAGCAUCGUUGUAAACAGUCCAGAAUUACCUUUCUUCGAAUGUUAAUAAUGUGUUCGUUACUUAACUUAAUUUUGCAUGUAAAUUGUCUUAUUAAUCUAUCAUUGUAUCAAUAGCUUUCCUGUUGUGACUAAUUUUGACUAGUUUUCCAUUUUUAACAAUAUAUUGUAUUAAUGAAUAUAAUUACAUUACCCAUUGAGAACCGUGGUCGAUAAGUAUUGUUCCAGUAAAUCUAACUACCGGUAUCUUUAUGAAAUAGAACAACUAUUAGCUUAUUUUUAUUAUAUAUAUAAUAAAUAAUUAAUAUGUAUUAUAUAUAUAAUUAAGGAAUUUUUUGCUAGACCAUUCUACACAUUUUUUUAAUUACCAGGGUUCUUGUUAUCAGCUCCUCUAAUAAAAAUCAUGAUUUAAAAAUUUUUCACCUUUAAAAAAUUCCAAAUUAGUAAUUAUGUUUGAGCUUACUACACUAAAUUUUGUAAUACAUAGUUUUAAAUUCGAAAGAAAAAUUAGAGUAUUAUGUUAAAUUAAGACAUAAAUGUGUGAUCAAAGUUUGAAGUCAGUUUCCAAAUUCACUAUUCAAAAAAUGACUGAUUUUCACUUUUCUUUAUUCCACAAUCAUACUUUAAUCAAAUAAUUUAUUAGGCGUAUAUUAUUGUAAACGUUAAAUUGACAGAACAAAUUAUUAUGCCACAUAAGAUUGCUGAACAAUAUUACAGUGCACGGUUAAUUCUUCUAUCAUGUUUAUGUUCAAAUUACCCAUUUAACAUUCCUUAAUAGCAUUAAGGAGAAAUUAAUUGUGACUACAAAUUUAAUAAUGUAUAGCGAUUAUUAAGAUUGAUACAGCGCAAUAAGGUACAGAGACACAUAUCAGUCAGAACAUAACUGUUAAUCAACUAAUUUUAUUUCAUUAUGAAGACCUUUUCAACAUAAUGUAACAGUUCAAUAAUAGGUAUAAUAGUCUGCAACGGUAGAGAGUGUCAGAAAGUAGUGCGAUUACUACAUUGUUUAUAACUAUAUUUUAACGUUUAUUCCAUACUAUUAUUUUUGGCACUCUUAAUGAGUAAAAGUCUUUCAAAAGUCAAAAGCGGUGAUCUCGUAACCGUUAGAUUCCGAAGAAUCGGUACUGUUCAAAAUUGAUCGACUGAGAAUCAGCUAUUAGUACGGAGUAAGCGUUAAUUUAUGUGAAAUGGUCAGUGAAAUUCACCAUUCGUCAUCUUUUCAUUACAAACGAAGAUAUCAGUGCAAAAAAAUAAGAACACCAUGCUAUGACUAGUUGUUAAUAUCCUUAUAUGUCACAAACUGCAUAAACUCCUGUUAAAUAUCAUUUGUUAUAAAUAUAUAAAUACUAGAAUUUCAUAUUAAUAUAGUCCAAUACAUAUGAUUCAAUUGUAUAAUUAAUUAGCCUGGACUUGAUAGGGAUAUAAGUAAUUUCGUGUACAGGAAACAGAGCGUCCAUAUAUAUUCAUUGAAAGAGAAAGAAAUUAUUUAUAUAUCUAUUACAGUUACGUUUCAUUAUUUAAUCUAUAUCUGCAUAUCUGCCGUACAUAAAAAGUAGCAAAGGAAUAUCUGAUGGAUCGCUUACAGUCUAUACUUUAGACACUUUGUUUUCCUAAUGAUUAAAUUAAUUUAUGUAAAGGUCAAUUGAUAUAUUGCUUGGUAAUUUUGAAAACGGAAGAUUUAUAGGAUGCAGGAUUAAUUGAUGUAUAAUUUCAUGUUUCUUUGAUACAUAAUUUUAAUAUGGUAAAAAUAUUCAUUUCAUAAUAUUCAAUUGCAAUCGGAAAAAAUAUAAUAUUUCAUGUAAACAUACGCACUACGGGUGAUAUCAACUUUUGAACUUUUGAGCGAUGAAAUGAACAGAAGCAAUUUUUGUACGCUAAGCUUCAUUGCGUUUAUUGUAUUUUGUAUGAUGGUUGUACCAAUAUGUGUAAGGGAUUAGUACAAAACGAUAAUAUUGUGCGUGAAGAUUGCCAUUAUGAGAAAAUGCCUUUAAAGUAUUACUUUGUAAAGUUUUUGAUUCUGUUACUUGCAUAAGAUCUUAAGCUUAGAUCCAUCGUGCCUUCAUUUUUUACACUACUGUAACAUUGUACAUAUAUGAUCAAAGUUUCUAUAAUUUUAUAAUAUAUUUACAACGCUUAUGUAUCUCUAUGCCCAUAUAUUUGAGUUCCAAUAAAAAUGCUUUGCAUACGGCA